GCGGUGGUGUGUGACAGCCUCACUAUCACUUUGCCUUGGCUCAAGGGAAUUACCAUCCACCUUUCGACACACAUGCAAACUGCAGCCAGUGGAACUAAACUAAGAUAGUGCAAAAGAGGGAUCCGAAGUCCUCAGCAAGUCAACUGUAGGAGACUUGACUGUUACCAUUUAUCAGUGGACAACGUUUGUUGUAAGAUGCUUCUGUAUUUUAACAUCCUGGUGCUGCUCCUCCUGCAGCCGGCUCUGUCAAGUCCAAUGCCGCUGACCAAACCAUCCAGAGGAUGUCCCACCUGUAAAUCAAAGUCCACGCAGAGUCAGCCGGCUGUAGCUCUAAAUGCCACCGCUUCGGGCAUUGGAGAACCAUGCGGGGUCUACGUUCUAAGCUGCGCCCAUGGUCUACGUUGUGCACCUUCAGAGGAUGAGCCGAGGCCCCUCCGUGCCCUGCUGGAAGGCAGGGGAGUCUGCAGUAAUGCCAGCAGCAUCAGCCCAACUGAAACUAUCCAUACUGUAGAUCCAGCUCCUUCUGAGGAUCCAGAUGAGGCUCCAUGUCGGAAACUGCUAACCACACUUAUCGAAGGUCUUGAUGCCCAUUUAUUUAAGUCAAAUCACGAUAUCUACAUGCCUAAUUGUGACAAGCGUGGUUUCUUCAGGAAGAAGCAGUGUUGGUCAUCUCGAGGUAAGCGGCGUGGCAAGUGCUGGUGUGUGGAUCCGAACGGCAUGCCUGUCUGCUCGAACACUAAACAGAAAGGCGGCCUGAGGUGUUAAAGUGUAUGAAGCCUGGACUGAAGCAGGAGAGACGGAAGCUUUAUUACCGACACAAGAUAAAGAUGAAGGAACACCAAUACAGAGUUUAAAGGAGCUCAACACAGCCUCACAUCCCAUUCUCCACCAGCCAGAAACAGCACUCCACCAAUGAAAAGCUGUUUCCAAAUCUGGUGUAACUUUGUCUCUUUGCGCCCUCUACUGAACAUAUGAGGGCUGUAUUGAUUAGACAUUGCUUUUGUAUCUACUUGUAUAAGAUGUAUAUUUACACUAUAUUAAAGUUAUAAUAAAGGGCAUAUUAUCCAGACUAGUUUCACACUGUAGCAUACGUUGUAAAACUGCACCUAUAGCUUGAGCUACACAAAUUCAAG